AUGUCCAAUGUCACAUCCUAUGUAGGCCAUGUAGGCAAGAGCACAGGCGCUUCUCCCAACUACGUUGCCUACCAGUUCGUGUCGGAAGGAGCACAGGUGUCUCACGAUAUCUCCAGGGACUCGGCCGUGCUAGACAUCACCACUGCACAACACCACCGCCUCGGAGGGGGACAAGGUGCCGCGUCCAACACGGCACCGACUUCGUCGGCAUCUUCGACGGUCCCAGCCUGGCAGACACCCUCGUCGUCGCCGAUACCGUCGGGCUCGCCGCCGUCCGGAACCGACCACCACGAAUCAUCCUACCACCAUGACACCCUCAUGGCGGAUGCCACAUUCCACAAAGGCUCGCAGGAGGCAGUAUGCCGCCAGAUGGCCGGCUCCGCCGACGCCGUCGCCGACGUUGAUGGCGCUGUCCGUCAACUGCGUCAGCAGCAGGGCGAUAUUCAGACACGCCUCGACGCCCUUUCCAUUUCCCGCAGGGAUUUUGACACUUCCGAGGAGCUUCGCAUGCUCAUCCACAAGUAUCUCAUUCUCCAGAACAUCGUCCACCAGAACGGCUUGGACUCGCGAAUCCCUGUACUUUCCGAGGCUGAAGAGGCUCGGUCCCUCCAGUUUCAGUGCGAGCGCCUCGAAGCUUCGUGUAUCCAGUACGGCAGCAUUGAUCCAGCAGAGGCCCUGAAGCAGUCUUCAUGCAAUGGACCGGAAGGCUUUGCCGACUGGCUCGAGAAGCAUAUCGAGCGAAGCGACCCAGUGAUGGGCAAUGCGGGCUCGAACUAUCCUGCCGUCGUAUCUGAGGCCUCGGCCGUGGAGUCCCAGACACCCCAUCGACACGUCUCGCUACGCUCGUAUCGCUGCUCCGACGAAACCUGCGCACACUAUAUAUACGGGUUCCCGACCGAGGACGGCCGUCAUAUCCACGCCCACGCACACUCGAGACAGUCUUCCGACAGAUACUCGGAUGCCUCACCUGCCAAGCCAUCGCCGUGUCCUCUGCAGCUGAACCAUGCGACUGAUCUGCGGACCAUGCCAGAUUGCUCCUACCAGGUCCCGCCUACAUGCCAAGCACGCAGUACCUCCAGCAACAGCCCCCCCCCGCUCGGCUUACAGAUCCAGAUCAAGGACACACUAGAGUCGGGGGGCUUGAACUUCUCCAGUGACCUUCCAGAUACCCGUAAAGUGCCAUACAAGGCUGAUAGUGACUCUAUGCUGCCACCUCUAGAUGGUAACCUUAGAGCUGGACGUUCUCGCCUGCAAUCGAUAGGGGAGCUUCAACUUGUGCGCAAAACAAGCGCCUGUCUAUACUGCAGGGUGUUUGGGCUAUCGUUGUGUAACGAGGGCUCUGGGGUUAACAUGAUGGUGUUCCGUCAAGACAUGUCUGCGACUGGGCAGACGACCAGUCCCGCCCCCUCGCCCGUCGUCCAGGUGCGCGGCGACGGUCCGACCCAGAUGCAUUCAUUCAUCAGCAGCAUGUCCGGGUAUGUACGAGAGAUGAUUGACUUUCCGGAUGCUUUUUGGUCGUCCUGCCGUACCGAGCAGAAGCGAUGGCCUCGCACUGCCGCUCAUGGAGAGGGCCAGGGUCGAAAGCAGCCUGCCCAUGAUCUCCUGGUCGCAUUCGCGACGAGUCACAACUACCGAGGCACAGCGUACGAUAUAUUCCAGCUUCUCAAGGUUACCGGCAAGCUGUCCAGGACCAGGGAGAUGGAGGAGGCGGAGUACCCUGUGCUCUUCCAUGCCAAGUUCCUGCUCCGCGAGAUGCUGCUGUACAGCGACGCGCAGUCGGAGUCUGCCGUCUACGCCAACAGCAGUGCGGCCGGGCGUCCGCCUCUGGAUGGCGCCGACGCCAGGAGGCAGAUGGAAUCCAUAUACGAGCAGCUCGAGCGCUAUCUGCAGGUCUUCGAGGAAACGACUCUCCAGCACAGAGAGGUUCAUGGCCGAGAUGGGAGACCCGGCGUGAGACAGUGGCUCGGCACAUUCUUCUCCCUGUGCCUGUUCAGCGUCGUCCGCGAACUGCUUAUCGACAUGGAGCUGCUGCAGUGGCCACAGACACUAAAGUCGUCGGCCCCCCCCCCUGGAAGCUCGACAGGCUCGGAGAUGAUACCCACCCGCACCUGCAUCAUGCAUGGCGCGUACAGGGCAAUGGUCGACACCUUUGGCUCGGUCGGGCCGUCGCCGAUGGACAGCCUCGCGGGAGCCUUGCUCCCAGAGGAGCUCUCCAUCAUCGAGGUGUCCUCCCAGAUCGUCCGGCGGGAGACCUGGGCCGCGAGAAGCCUCAAGUCGAGCUACCACUUCCUCGAGCUGCUCGGGUUCGGUCCCCCGGAAGACCCCGUCGUCCACGGGUUCGUGCGUCAGCUGCAGAGCUCCGGGAACAGCCACGCCGCGCUCCAGCUUGCCGCCAGAACCGCAGGCCAGGGGUCCGAGAGCCCGGCAGCAGGCAUCGGCCCAGAAGAAGCACCCCGUACAUACCGUUCCACACGGGAUCACUGCAGCUACGGGAGGCAUUCGGGCUCGCCAGACGAUGAGGUCGGGGGGCAGGUAUCGCCCUGGUGCACGCCUCGGCACGCGAGGCGGCACAACGUGGAGACGAUCCCGGCCUCACCGCGCUCCCUCAAACGCCGCAGGACGAGGGCAGCAGACUCGGAAACCCCGGGAGGGGUCCCGCGAGCGCGGCUGCCGCGCGUGUUCUGCACUAAGUGCACCGAGCACCCCGAGGGCUUCAGGGGAGACCACGAGCUGAGGCGGCACACGGAGGCCAAGCACGCGGCACUGGUGAGGCAGUGGGUAUGCAAGGAGCCCGGAGGUCAGGUGCCAGCGGGGGGCAUCGAGCCCACGGUCCCGCUGGCCAGGUGCAAGGCUUGCCGGUCCGGGAAAUCAUACGGCGCCUACUACAACGCCGCGGCCCACCUCCGACGAGCCCACUUCCACCCCCACCGGGGAUCCGAGGCGAAGGCGAGCAGCGACUGGCCUGCGAUGAACAUACUCAAGGACUGGAUGCAAGAGGUCUUCCGAGUGUCGGGCUGGGCGGCGGAGGAUGACGGGUCCAUGGGCGACGUCGACGGCCACGAAGGGAGGCGAGGACGUCAUCAAGGCGUCAGGGCUAUCCACGGCACGGCUACCUCGUCGCGGCACCAGCACAUAUCAGUGACAGACGGCAAUGUCCACUCCCCCGGUUCUCGGGGCGGCCAGCUGGCGAGUCCGGGCUGGGUAAGGGAGGACACGGGCGGCGGCCGAUGCCCGCAUCCGGAUUGCGGUCGCGUCUUCAAGGACCUGGCAUCGCACAUGGUCACGCACCAGGAGGAGAGGCCCGAGAAGUGUCCGAUCGUGACUUGCGAAUACCACGGCAAGGGGUUCGCCCGCAGAUACGACAGGAACCGCCACGCCCUGGCGCACUACAGGAAGACGAUGCCGUGCCCGUUCUGCCCUCGGGACGGGGCAGGGUACGGCACGAGCUUCAACCGCACGGACGCCUUCAAGAGGCACCUGACGCAGGUGCACCACGCAGAGCAGACACCGCCCAACAGUCUCAAGCUGUCUGCCGGCGGGGCCGGGAGCACGUACAGUCACCACGACGGCGGCGGUGGCGACGGUACGGAUGGCAACGACGGCGGCGGUGGCGGUGGCGACGCCGGAUGCACCAUCUGCUGGAGACGAUUCGGGACGGCUCAAGACUUUUACGAGCACCUGGACGAUUGCGUUCUCGGCGUACUCGGAAAGUCUGUCUCGUAA